GGCUUGGGUAGCCACCGGAACGUCCGGUCAUGCCCCCACCUACUCAGUCAGAUCCAUGGCUGCAGUCCCGAAGGUUCGGAAUUGUAAUCGACGCCGGCUCGUCAGGUUCUCGGCUGCAGAUAUACUCAUGGAAGGAUGUGAGGGUCGAACGGACGGAGCGGAAAGAUGCCGAACUUGCGGUACUCCCAAGAGUAGAGAAGGGGACGAAGAACUCGGAUGAUUGGGUUGCAAAGAUUGAACCAGGAAUAUCGAGCUUCGCUCUGGAGCCGACAAUGGUUGGACCGUAUCUCUCCAGUCUUCUUGAACAUGCUCAGAACCAGAUUCCCCCGUCACUACACCAAUCUACCCCAAUCUAUCUCCUUGCCACGGCAGGCAUGCGACUGCUUGCUGUAGAACAACAAGAACAGAUUAUCGAAGCGGCUUGCACCUUCCUCAAAUUCCAUUCAAACUUCAAGGUCAAGCCCGCUUCCCCUCAAGGGCCGUGUGGUGGAAGCAUUCGCGUCAUCACGGGCGAGGACGAGGGUCUGUACGGCUGGAUAGCCGUAAACUAUCUCCUCGACGGGUUCUCUCGUCACGAGGGUAGGCGGGCGACAUACGGCUUUUUGGAUAUGGGUGGCGCGUCAACACAGAUCGCAUUCGAACCCGGCGCAGAAUAUCGCAAGAAUCCCCAACUGCCGCUCAAGGACGUUCGGUUACGCCUUCUAGAUGGUGAAGAGCUGCACCACCAAGUUUUUGUCACAACGUGGCUUGGAUACGGUACCAAUCAAGCGCGAGAGCGAUACGUCGGCAGCAUUGUCUCGCACUGGGAUCAGCUGUACGGCAUUGACCAAGAUUCUCCCAGCGACAUUGUGCCUGAUCCUUGUCUACCUCGCGACCUCACUUCGUACGAAGCCCCCGUCAUCCUCGGCCCUGCGUCUGAUCACUCUAAAACGCCACAUACACUGAAGGGUACCGGGUCAUUCCCUCAGUGUCUUCGACUAGUCGAACCGCUUCUCAACAAAAAUGCGCCAUGUCCGGAUACAAACUGUCUCUUCAACGGCGUUUCGGUGCCACCGAUCGACUUCUCCGUCUCGCGUUUCAUCGGCGUGUCCGAGUAUUGGUAUUCAUCGGAGCAUGUCUUCGGUCUUGGCGGCGCAUACGACUUUGUACAGUAUGAACGAGCCGCGAUAGACUUCUGCUCGAAAGAUUGGGAUAGCAUUGUCGCCCAUCAUUUGGCUUCCAAGUCAGCACUGGCACCGACGGCGACGGACAUACGCGUUCAUAGCCGACGUGACGUAGACUUGGCUCGCCUCGAGCUACAAUGUUUCAAAGCCGCAUGGAUCGUGAAUGUCUUGCAUGAAGGCAUAGGUCUCCCUCGCAUAGUGGAUCCAGGCGGGAAUUCGACUACCGGAGGCCAGACGUCGGGCGACAAGUUCAGCAACAAAGCCGAUGAGAAAGGGCUCGGUGCGCCGGCCUUCCAGAGCCUGGAUUCGGUGGGAGACACGGCUAUCACAUGGACGCUUGGCAUGAUGGUCCUGGAGGCUGUCAGCGAGAUUCCGACCACGUAUAUCGGAACACCUGGAAUUGGGAAUCUCGAUCCGGACUUCGAUGAUGACGGACUACCUUUCUUGGGCGAUAUUGAAGAUACCCUCAAAGAGCAUCUUCAUCCAUCAUUAACCAAACCGAUAUUUGGGUUUUCUCCCAUCUCUCUUAUCCUUUUCAGCCUGUUGUCGCUGAUUAUCGCAUACGUAUUUCGUUCUCGGCUGAAAGCUGUGUAUCGCAAAAUCUUCCGCCCGCGUAAUGGUUACGACUAUGCUCAGGCAUAUGCGAUGGAAGGCGGUGGCUUCAGUGGAAUCAAUGACCUGGAUUCACCUCCAUUGACCCCGUACCCUAAUGGUUCUGCAAACUCAAAAGGGCUCCCAGCAUUUGUUCGGCACGCUCUACGGCGGCUUCGGCGCAAUGUACUUGGGCCUACGUCACCACGACUGCCAGCAGAACCUACCUUGCGGCCUGUUCGUCUUGCCCCCCCGGCGCAGAUAUCGACUGCGUCAAGUUUACAGCGUGGCGGGCUUACAACUUUCAGCAAUGGCUCUGCUGCCAGCAUCGUUCAGCGCGCAGCGUCUCCUGCAGUCCUUGCAGAGUCGGCGUCACCCCCUUCGCCAACUCGGUCAAGCGCGUUGAAUCCUGGUCUUCCUGUACUGUCUCUUUCUCGCAAUGUCUCCCAGGUUAACCUCACAACGAUCGUCCCUCGUUCAUCCUCUUUUAUUAGAGGAGGUGCACCGCGGUAGUUCUGUCGUUCUGUCGUUCUGGGACUUUUUCCUUGUACCAUACAAAAACUCAUUCUGUAGCAUCAGCAUAGACGUAUAUCCAGACGACGAACCACAUUCCAUUAAUCUAAUGCAAGCAUGAA